AUGUCGGAGCAUCCGCGUCCUACGAUAACAAGAACCUAUACACCAGGUUUGCCGGACGCCUCAAAUCACUUCCUGAAGGAACAGAUCUCGAAGCAGCAGAAGAACAACUUUCACUCUACAUCCUUGACCAAAUCUAUUCCAAUGGCCACCAGCAGCGUCAAUAAAACGGCCUUACAUCCUUCGGGAGUUAAACCGCAAGCUGAACACACCGAGCUUGAAGAGGAGCUCCACGAGCGAGCACACAUUGACUACGAUCGCGUGGCCAUCAUCGCUAACCCUUCUGUGCCUGCGUUGUAUGAGGAUGCCCUUGUCUACGAAACAGGCUCAGCGAUAACAUCGUCUGGAGCCCUAUCAGCAUACUCUGGCGCCAAGACUGGACGAUCGCCUUCAGACAAGAGAAUUGUUAAAGAACCGGAUAGUGAGAAAGAGGUAUGGUGGGGCCCGGUCAACAAGCCAAUGUCAACAGAUGUUUGGCGCAUCAACCGCGAACGUGCUGUCGACUACCUCAACACACGAAACCGCAUCUACGUCGUCGAUGGGUUCGCAGGAUGGGACGAGCGUUACAGGAUCAACGUACGAGUUGUCUGCGCUCGUGCCUACCAUGCCCUCUUCAUGCGGAAUAUGCUUAUUCGACCAUCGCGAAAAGAGCUUGAGCACUUCCAUCCCGAUUAUGUGAUCUACAAUGCCGGUGCCUUCCCGGCCAACAGGUUCACCACUGGUAUGACUUCGUCGACUUCAGUGGCUAUCAAUUUUGCCGAGAAGGAGAUGGUCAUCCUUGGUACCGAGUACGCUGGAGAGAUGAAAAAGGGUAAGCGAUUACUUUUCUUUGCGUGUAUUGUUGAUCUGUAG